AUGAACAAAAGUACAGGAACCAUGUCAUCAAGUUUAAGUCAAGUUUUUGUUCUGACCAUAAUUGGAAAGGGAGAUAUACCAUUAUAUGAAGCUGA